AUGGACGCUCCCGAGCCGGCCGUGUUGCUGGACCUCCCCAUCGAAAUUCUGUUCAUGGUCACCGAUUACCUAUCGCCUGUCGAUAUCGCCUGUCUUGCUUUGUGUUCCAGGGGCGUGAAGUCGAUUUUCACAUCCUGGGAUGGACGAUUGCUGGGUGAUAUGCCUUUUCUCAGAGACCUGGGAGACACGAGCGGAGAAAGAUCUACCCUGUUGACGAGAUUCAUACAUGACAACCCCAACUUUUAUAUCUGUGCGAGGUGCUUGCGACUUCACAACUGGAGAAAAUUUCCCCCGCCAUCACGGUUCGUCCCUCCAGCCUGCUUUCCAGAGUUCAAAGACCUUGCAGUCCAUGGAAACUGCGCGAAACUCAGGGAGAAACAAUUCCCUAUCGGGCUUCCUUUCUACGCAGGGAUCGAAUAUGAACUUCAUUUUCCCCACGUUCAGCUGGCCAUGAAGCGAUUCUACCACGGAAAAGAGCAUGGAAUCCACACAGACUCACUGUGCUUCACCGAAGCAACGAUAAGUCGCGAUCCGGUCAAGCGAGAUAUUCUUUAUGGCUUCAUGCCCCACCAGGAGUCAGUGAAAAGAACUUACCUUACAUCAGUUGAUGCCAGAUUCCGGACACGCCCCCCGUCGCUUUGUAUUCGUAUCCAAAGUUUGGUCAUGAUCAACAGUCAAGACGUGGCCGUAUUUCCGGAACUGAAGCACACGAUGUGUGCUCACUUUACCUAUAUCUGUUCUGGAAAGCACGGUAUACUUAGCGUCUAUCCUGACGCUCGGUCCUUUCUCAAAGGCUACUCGAUGGCCGAUAAUCAUGGUCAGUGUCUUCAAUGCGGUAUCGAGUGGGACCUUGAAAUACGUAUGAUAGGCACCAAACAUCUGGCCGUUGUCGUCACGAGAUGGCUUGACCUCGGUCCUGGUAUCCCCAUCAAUGGACGUAAAUGGAACGAUUACUAUUGGGUCUACAAUUACAGGCUUAUCCAUAGUCUGAUUCCGAUGAGAGAAAUGUGGAAUAACCCCUUUGACAAUGUUCGCCUGCCUCGAGCAAGUUUCGAGUCCGGGGUUGUCGAUGCUCACAGCAAGAACAAUCUCUCACACGAGGAGCUAUGUAUUCGAAAUCUGUCACUCUUGGAUGGAGAAAGAUUCAGGGACGUUCUGGAAUUGUCUGCCAGUGGUCAAGGAAACUUGUGGGCCAUCGGCUCAGUGUCUGGAAUUUCCCCUCACACCUCAUGA